AUGGAGUCGGUAGUAUUUGAAGAUUCGCCUCUCGCCAAUUACCUUGAAGGUGAGGGGGGAGAGGAACUGUCUGGCAUUACCAGUAAGGGGCAGGAGACGCCUUCAAGGACCUCGAGCCCUUCCUUUGCACCUCGUGGCAGACCAAGAGCACGGCUCGAAUUUCGCAAUAACCUCCCGCCUCCAUUACGCUUGGGAACACCGCACAAAAAUGCAGUGGCUAUCAUACGGAAUUCUUGCUCUAAGGUCCUCAGCUCCAGGUUAGGUCGGCCGGACAAUUCGAGAUUUCUAGAGCAUUUCCGCUAUAUCAUAGUCGCAUCGCAGCUGCUGAAUCCACAUCCAUAUUUUGGCCAACCAGGCCAUCGAAAAUCCAAAGAUGCUACCCUACAGCCACCCGACGUGCCACAACUUGUUGCUCUCACACCCACCGGGGCACUGUUGACUGCCACGUUCGCCUUUGCUUUGGCCUGGCUCAUACAUUGGGCCCGAGGGGGCAGAGGCUCUGCGUGGGCCAAGGGGCGGAUAGCCAUAUUCCUGAUUAUACUCGCUCUGCUGGCCGCUGUCCUGUUCGCCUAUAUGCGCAGACAAUGGCUUCAGUAUCUCCGACAUCAAAUCCUGUCGAGGAUUUCGGAAUUCGUCACAAAGUCGCAAGAACUGGAUGCUGCUGUAGGGGGUGCCCUGAGCCUCGUCCAAGAAGUGGAACUCGUGUCUCGCGGAUACAGGAUAAGCAGCCCUCUUCCACCGGUUAGCCGACUAGACGAGCGAAGUCAAACCAGGAGAUGUGCUCGGCUUAGGAAACAACUCCGCUUUUGCUUCGCUGGAGUCAUACCCCGCUACAACCAGGCGUAUGAAGCUAUUAAACCCUUCGCGGAAGAAAUGGACCUGGAGAAAUACUAUGAUAUUUACGACAUCAACGACUCCGAUGUCGCAGAGGCAAUGCUGGGGUUUUCUGAGACUGAGUUCGACGACCUGGAGUCUGUCCGUGUGUUGAAGAUCUUGGCUGCAAGAUUUUAUAUGAGUAGGAAAGUAUUGCUUUGCUGUCUUAUGGCUCUGGAUGCUCAUGGUGGAAAAUCCGAUUUCGUACGGUGGAAUAUGGCUUCAGACCAGAUUCACGGAGUUACAUCUACUACAAGCGAGACCGCGGAUCGUCUGCAUCAGAUCCUUCGCGAGGAAGAAAGCUUCUCCCUACCCGCUACCCCUAAGAUACCCUUAACGCCAAACCGCGAGCGUUGGCGUGCCCAGCUACGCAAGUUGAGCUCGCUCUCCUCAGGCAUCCGGGGCCUCCAGGCAAAGCUCCACGUUCUCCGUGAGGAAUCCGACAAAAACCUGAAUGAGACCGAGGAUGUCGCAGAACUUGGCACAACCCUUAUGAUGCAAUACGAAUCUAUUGGUAUUGAUUUAAAGGCGUUGAUGCAAGAGUGGGAGGAUGGAAAGAAUGCAUUGGCCUCCAAUAUAGACCGAAAUGAGCGGCGAGUCUCAUCCAUGAGCGGUAUGCUCUCACCAACAAUCUCAUUGGGAGGUGUUACCGCUGUUGAGGAGGGCGGAGCAUUGGAUGCACUAAAGGCUUUGAACGGCGAGACGCUAUCGCGGUCCAGCAUGGACUUGAGCUCCUCGGAUGCAGAGGAGGUUUUUGAAGCGGUUGCCGUUCCACGUCCUAGAAGCACAUUAACACGAGAAGAACGCAUCACAAAAAUGAAGGGUGAUAGGGCCAAGCGGGACUCGAUGAAAGACAAAGCCGAGGCAAAUACACGGAUGCUAAGAGAAUUAGAGUCGGUGAUAAACAUGCGACCGAGGAACAUAUCAUCAUCUGAUCGGCGGGUUACGUCGAUAUGA